AUGCAUGAGCUCCACACAACACAUUCAUGGCAAUUUUUGGGAGUGGACUCUAUUCAACCAUAUAAUCAACUGGCAAGGGCUGCAAAGUCGAACAUUAUUGUGGGCGUCAUUGACAUUGGAGUUUGGCCUGAGUCCCAGAGCUUCAACGAUUACGGAUUAGGACCCGUGCCUGAAAAAUUCAAGGGAGAAUGUGUAAUUGGGGAUGCAUUUACAUUGUCUAACUGCAACAGGAAAAUCAUAGGAGCUCGAUUCUACUCCAAAGGGUUUGAAUUAGUAAAUGGGCCUCUUGAAUCUUUCAAUCGUACUUUCUUUCAUUCAUCAAGAGAUAGUGAUGGGCAUGGAGCUCACAUUGCCUCAACAGUGGCCGGAUCACUGGUUGCUAACACCAGCUUAUUUGGGAUAGGAGGUGGUUCAGCAAGAGGGGGUGCACCAAGUGCUAGACUUGCCAUCUACAAGGCUUGUUGGUUUGAGUUGUGCAAUGAUGCUGAUGUUCUUUCUGCCUUCGACGAUGCUAUUAAUGAUGGUGUUGACAUUCUUUCUCUUUCCUUCGGCCCAAUGCCUCCCCAACCUAGUUUCUUCCAAGAAGUAAAUUCAAUAGGUCGUUUCCAUGCAUUUCAGAAAGGAAUUCUUGUUUCUGCAUCUGCUAGGAAUUCCUUUUUACUGCGUACUGCAUGUAACGUUGCUCCAUGGAUCCUUACCAUUGGUGAAAGCACUAUGGACCGCAAACUCUAG